CUCCCUAGUCUUUGGUUAAAUUGUUGUGGUUGUGAGUCAAGCUGCUCGUCGGUGUUUUAUUCCAUUUUGUUUUCAAAUUGUGUUUGAAAUAUCUUGGAAUUGAUUGUGCAAAUUAUGUAAAAUGGCUAUCAACUUAGAAAAACAUAGAGAUGCUUUAAUAGCGGCGUGGAAAGACGUAUUAGACGAGAAAACUGAAACCAACUGGGCUUUAUUUGGAUAUGAAGGCUUAACAAAUGACCUAAAGUUUGUCAGCAAAGGAGACGGAGGACUCCUUGAACUGAUAGAUGAUUUUAACAGUGGUAAAAUACAGUAUGCCUUUCUGAAAGUGGAUGUGCCUAGUGGAAGCAUAUCAAAGUAUGUGCUUAUCAACUGGCAGGGUGAAGGCGCGCCUACUGUCCGCAAAGGGACUUGCGCGAACCACAUCAAGCACAUUGCUCAAUUCUUCACCGGAUUCCACUUGACCAUGCAUGCGAGAACCGAAGAUGACCUAGAUGAGAAGGUUAUCCUGGACAAACUGGCUAAAGCGGGCUCGGCAUUCAAUUUCAAGCAAAGUAGGCCAGACGAACUGCCUCCAAGUGGACCCAUUGGUACAACUUAUAAGAAGGUUAAUCCAGUCCAAGAAAUAAAUUCAAAAGAACGCGAUCAGUUCUGGUUGAAGGAAGAACAAGAAGAGAAGAAGAGAUUGGAAGCUGAGAGGAAAAGGAGAGAAGAGGAGAAAAGAAAAGCGGAAGAAGAUGUCAGAAGACGAGACGAGUUGGAGGCGGCUAAGAGGGCUCAAGCUGAGGAACAAAAAGCGGCCCCCGCCGACGCGGCGCCGGCGCCGGGCGGCAGCGAAGCCCUGCGGCGCCAGCGCUCGGCCGAGGCGCGCCGCCUCAUCGGCGCCUCCACCGCCGCCGCGCGCGCGCUCUUCCAGCAGAACCUCAACCAGGGCCAGAUGAACAACAGGACCAACUCGAGCAUACCAGAGAAACCUGUCCGCAGUUCAGUGAUAGCGCAACGCAUCAACACGUUCACGCAAAACCAAAUCGCUUCGCCGGUCACGACUACACCGCCGAAAUCGCCAUCAAAAAUACAACCAAAAGCGGAACUGCACGAGGAGACCAUAGACCAACCGAAACUCAGUCCGAUGAAGAACAUAGACAAAAUAAAAUUAAGUCUGGAAAGUCCGUCGCAGAUUCAAUACGAGCCUAUAAUCGAUCCGACAGUCGAUUUGAGCCCAAGCACAGAAGAACCGAGCUCGUUCAGUGCCAUAAACUAUUCGGAAUACAACGAGUAUAGAGAUAUUGAGGGUAAUCGUAGCGAGCCAAUGAUCAAACAGAACAUUCUGGAAAAUGAUAUGUUCGACGCGUCGUAUUCUAGUUCGAAUGAGAAUGACGAUGACGAUAGUGAUAAUAAGUUUAGCACGAUCAAGAGGUCGCCGUAUAGUAAGAACAAUAUCGCCGAGGAGAAUAGGUCGGAAUUGAGUAGACAGAACACGGUCAUAGAGAAUGUUAAUUAUAAGAAGGAGAACGGCAAUGGGACGCAUGAAGAUGUUUCACCUGAAGGUUUAGAGGAAGAGAGUACGAUAUACGAGGACUUGGACGAUGAUCCAGGUCUCACCGCGAGAGCUUUGUACGACUAUCAAGCAGCGGACUCGUCGGAGAUUACAUUCGACCCGGGCGACAUCAUCACACACAUCGAGCAGGUGGAUGCGGGUUGGUGGCAGGGUCUCGGCCCACACGGCUCUUUUGGUUUGUUCCCCGCCAACUAUGUCGAGCUUCUGCCCGCUAGGCUGCGGUAAAGAGGCUGAGAUACUUAUAUAUACGAUAGAUAUUGUGUCGUUUGGCGCAGAAAUCGUUCUUUUUUUGUCAUUGAAAUCAAUGAUUUUAUCGGCAAAUUCGUCGGUAUAAUCCAUUUGCAUGUCGAAAAUGUGACGUUAAUUGAUUUUUUUUUCACUAAAAUCGGUAAAUUUUAUAAAAUUCAUUCAGUUUGUGUGCGAAUGCAAUAGAUUUAUUUGUCGGUAAAAUAGAUUUGUACUGUCGGUAAAGUCGUUAGAAAUCGGAGGAAUUUAUUUUAUAUUAUUCUGAUUUUUAUGAUGAAAACGAUGGAAAAUUGAUUUAUUUGUCGAAAAUCUGUACUUUUUUUUCAACUGAUAUCAAAUUAUCGAUGGAUUUAAUUACUAGUUUUUCUUUAAAAAGUUAAGUGUUCAAAAGUUUGCCACACUUGAAUUUCACAGUGUCUUAUUGUACCAGAUAUUUUAUUCGUAGCCCUAACCAUAUUUUUAUUUAUAUAAUAGUUGGGCGGAAUAUUAACAAUAGUCGAUCAAAAUAAAGCGCGUAAUCCUAUUUUUCCUUACUUUAAACAUAUUUAAUAAUUAAAAGUAAAUCAGACAAGUGAAAAAGGAUUUUACUACUUCCAUUAAGAUAGUUUGUCUCACUUGUCAGUAAUAGGAACUGAAUCAUUAAGGAGAUUUCUUUUUACCAAGGUGUUGGCUAAAUUCUCCAGUUCUAUCGAUAAAUUUAACACUUAAUACUUACAAUGAAACUACAAUAUAAUAGACUUAUUGCAAUACACUUAUAAUAUUUUAUUUUUACAUAUAUUAAGACAUAUUAUUAUAUAUCGUGGCUUUCCUUAAUACUGAUGCAUUUUUAUAACUAUAACUUUGAAGCGAGAGAAAUUAGAAUUAGGUAUUAAAAGAUUUAAGUGUAAUAUUUUGAAAAUAACGUAAUGAACGUAGAGAAGUAUGAACCACUGUCUGUUAAAAGUCAUAGAAUUAUAGGUACAGUCAUAAACGUAAAUAAGUAGUAUACAGGGCUACAUGUAAAUUUAAAUAUUUAACCAAAAGGUCUCUCAAAUUUCUGUGUGUUAACUUUUAUUCAUUUAUUUGGUUUGUUAACAGUAUAACAUUAAAAACAAACAUAAACCUUAAAUAAUUUGUAGCACAAACAUUUUAUAUGUUAUAUCAUUUUUAAAUUACAAUUAAAUUCCAAUUUUAAUUUAUGCAAAAUAAUUAUUUUGGUAUAUUGGGCUCUGUAUAAUUAUUAUUGUUGUUGAUUGUACCUUUAAUGUAUGGUUAGUAUUUCGUUGCGGAUUGGUUAUGGUAGGUUUAAUUUUUUUAUGUAAAUAUUUAUUAUGUUUCAACUUUAGACAUUUUUACAUGCGUUGUGAUUUCGUUUUAUUGAAGUUGCAGAAUGGUGAUAUUUAUUGGACUUGUAUUAUGGCCUAACCAUGAUCCAGGUUGGGUCAGCUUUUCCUCUCCCUUAUUUAUAAACAUUGAAAAGGUAUAUAUCUUCUGUCUCUUACUGCCACUACAAGGUAUGUGUCUUCUCUACUUUUCUAUAAGUUCGAUAACGUCAAGAUAGAGAAGAUAAGACAUAUGCCUUAACAACUUGUUUUGUGAAUGAGCCUGCCCUGUUAGGGUCACAGAGGUCAGACGGAAGUCUUUUUGCCAGUUCCUGGAUCAUGGUCACGGGAAAAAUAAGCGUUCCUCUCUAAGGAGAACGCGAAAGAGACUUAAGAUGAAGUUUGGAAGCCAAUACCUCACUGGAAUUUCCGAAAUCUUUGCCGCUUCUUAUAAAAGGCUUAUUUCUAUUUUUUAUUCUAAAAUGAUAGUAGAAGUCACAACACAUAGAAUUGCCUUUAUGAAAAACAUUCUGAUAAUCAGUAUGUUUUUUUUGGAGUAUGAGAAUUUUUAUUUUCAGUAAUAACCUCUGUACUCUGUAAUACUUAAAUGUCUUUAUUUACAAGAGACGUUUUGGAAAUUCCUGAGGUAUCGUGCUAGUGAAUGGCCUUUAGUCUUUCAUUUUAUUGGACUGCUUUAAUUAAGUCUUAGACUGCAUUGGUUAAUGCUUAGAUAAUUAGGUUGUAUUAUGCUUAUUUAUUCUGUUAAAUUAUUAUACAUGUUGCUGCCGAAUAGCGAACUUCAAUUGUAAUACCCGUAGAAAUCGGAAUAUAAGACAAUAGAAAUGCCAUAUUGUAUUUGAAACUAUAGCGAAAACGUGUCGACGUCGUAUGAAUUUUCAGUUGUAAAGCUGAUAAAUCGCAAAACUGAAAUGCAAUAUGGAAACAAAACGUGCUGUAAAUAUUGCCCCAAUUAUCAUUGCAUCGCUUUCACCAGUAUUUACCACUUCUACUGUCUCAUAUUAUUCUGAAUUCUAUGGUGAUCUUACGAUAUUCGUAAGUAGAUAAAAGUUGGCGUACGAAAUAAAUUACGAUUGAAUUGAGAUAGUCCUCUUUUUAAGAAGUCGGUUAAAAACGUUGCUACAGAGAAAAUACAGGUUACCUUACCUAUACCUUAAGAAACACCGAGAAAUUGAAACGUAUAUUUUGGCUUCGACAUAUGAAAUGUUUAGUUAUCAAAAGUAUUGAUUCGAAAUUAUUUGUUAAGAAUAAUAUAAUUAUAUUAUGAUAUAUCUAAUCCUUUUUGGCCAUAUUUAUAAUAAAAAUAAAAUUAAUGUAGCUGAGUAAUGUAUAAUUAAUUGAUAAAGAAAAUAUAGCCCAAAUUGUUUACAAAAUUAAUCCAAAUUGUGUCUUGGUAGUGCCAAUUAUACCCCAUUUAAGUAUACACAUGUAAGUUUUGUAACGUCUACACACAAAAAUCCCUAGUAUUGUAACGUCAAAAGACUCAAAUUUUAGAAUUAGACCCCUGCACUGAUUCGUUAAUAUUUCGAAUGAAUUUUGUAACUAAUGUUUACGAAGUCAUGCGAGUAAUUAAAAAAUAAAAACAGUUUUUGAAGUCAACUUUAAUAGGAGGCAAAGAUUGGCAAUCGUAAAUGGAAUGUUCGAGAUAUAUUCUCGGUACUUAAUCAUUGCCAACUUAGUCCUUCAAUGUGUUUUUAAGAGAUUUCUUCUCAAUAAAAAUUAUUCGUAACUCAUUGUUGAAAAAAAUAUCACGAAAUUGUAUAGAAAGGUCACAUCAUGUCGCAAAUAAAGUUAGAAAAUAUUUCUAUUUCAAUUAUAAAUUCUUUUUAUAUUAUUUGACUAUGCAGUAUUGUUAUAAAGAUUAAUGAUUUAUUUUAGCUUAACUCGUUAUAUCUGUUACGCUAUCAUGUUUGUAAUGACUUUACAGCAUUAUGUAGAUUCUAAUAUUUAUAUCCUAUUUACCUACUAAUGUAAAUGUACUAUGCAUUUAUUUCUAAAGGAAACUUGUACACGACAUCUUUUGUAUAUUAUUUUUAUUAAAUUAAUCUCUUUUUUCCCUUUCUUACAGCAGUGUUUUAUAAUUCGGUAUUGUGUGCUUUUUUUGCGGAAGCGAAAUUGUUUAAAACGUAAUAUUUAUACUCUUUGGUGUGCAUACUCUUUUUUUUUAUACAUACCUAGUUGGUUUGAAUGUAGUACACAAUUCCACAUCUUGUAAGUAAUCUAGAAAUUAGGUGAAAGUAAAAAAGUUUUGGAGAAAAUCCUUGUGAAAAGUAAUGAGAUGCGUGUACAAGUGUGGACGUGCCCCAAUAGAAAUGAAUUGAGACUAAGCAUUGCCUUGAUUCUUCUAUACAAAUUAGAGUUAAGUCCUGACUACAUUUCUUAUGUUGAUACAAGUAUUUUCUUGUUUAUAUGUAAUUGCAAUAUUAUUUUAUGUGUAUGGUGCUCCAGUGUAAUAUAGGUUUACAUUUGUAUCCUACUAUUUUCGAAAUAAACAUGUCCUGAUUCCAAUA